CAAACGUACUUCCUCCCAGUGAAGUUUCUAUGUGAGAAUUGCCAGAAAAAUCUGAGAUACCCUAAAUAUUUUUUGUUUGUCCUGGCGUGGAAUCGCCCUUGAGCUCAAGCCAAUAAUAAUAGCUGUACGCGGAAGUGUAUUCUGUUCAUCCUCUCUUGAAGUAUAAAUAUUGGUUGUCCAUAUUAUUCGAAUCCAGAGUCAUAUUUAAUACUGCUCUUAUUCUGGUUGUUCUAGAUCUACAAUCUACAAUAUACUGUACAAAGGGUAUACGUUUUUUCUGCUCUCUUCUGAAUGGCCCAUCAUAACACCAUUCAUUGGUUACAUCACUCAAGAACACACUGUCACAUAAGAAAACACACGAGGGUUGUGUAACUCGCACCCUCUGUGGUAUUGACAGCAUGACAGUGUCAUUUGAUUUACAUUUCAUCGAUGAUUGUAUUUGUUUGGCUUUCAAGCCAGCAUAAUCGUUCGGACCAGACACACAGACUGGAUACGUUAAUGCUGGCUAAACUAAACAGUGUGCUCUAUUUACCAACGCUACUGCUGGUUCGUUAGCCAGCUAAGCUAGCUAGCUAGCCUGCCAGUCAACAUAUACUUUGGCUAGUUAUUUUUUAUUACUCUGUGAUAUUUCCCACAUUCCUAUUUCUAUCUUUUCUGUCGACUUAAAUAAAAGAAUGUCAUGCACAUGCAGAUCAGCGGCGAGAUUGUUCAUAACUUCUCAAAAAGGUAUCUCUUCCACCAGAGUCCAGUUAUUUUCUAUUAGCAGACCAGGAACACCUGAAGUCCGAUUAACCAGAAGAGUUCCUGUGAGAUCCUUCUCCGAAUCAUCUGUAUGUUUUUCAUCAAAAGAUGUCAAAGAUGGCUCCGGUGAUGGAGGAAAGAAGUCAGUUGGUGAUGCAGGAAGUGGGAAAAGAGGAGCUUCUGGUGGCUCCGGAAAAGGAGGCAGCCAGCUACGCUGUCCUAAGUGUGGAGAUGCCUGCACACAUGUAGAAACCUUUGUGUCUUCAACCCGCUUUGUGAAAUGUGAGAAAUGUCAUCACUUCUUUGUGGUGCUGUCUGAGACCGACUCCAGCAAGAGUCUCAAUAAGGAGCAGGAAGCAGCCAACGAGGCCGUCAAACUGGCCUUCCAGCAGAAACCUCCCCCUCCUCCUAAAAAGAUCUAUGCCUACCUGGAUAAGUACGUUGUUGGACAGUCCUAUGCAAAGAAAGUGCUGGCGGUGGCUGUUUACAACCACUACAAGCGCAUCUACAAUAACCUUCCGGGAGCGGACACCAAGCCACAGGCGGAGGUGGAGAAGCAGGCCUCCCUUACUCCACGAGAGUUGCUGCAGAUCGCUGGGAUCAAUCCCCAUGGCAAUGCGCUGGGUGCGUCAGUGCAGCAGCAGAGCCAGCAGCCUGCCCAGGAGAAGAGGGGGGGCGAGGUGCUCGACUCUCACCACGCCAACAUCAAACUGGAGAAGAGCAACAUCGUGCUGCUGGGACCCACCGGAUCAGGUAAAACCCUCUUGGCCCAGACACUGGCUAGGUGCCUGGAUGUGCCCUUCGCCAUCUGUGACUGCACCACGCUAACCCAGGCAGGCUAUGUGGGCGAAGACAUUGAGUCUGUGGUGGCCAAGCUUCUCCAAGACGCCAACAACUCUGUUGAGAAAGCACAACAAGGCAUCGUGUUCCUGGAUGAGGUGGAUAAGAUUGGCAGUGUGCCCGGAAUCCACCAGUUACGAGACGUGGGGGGUGAGGGAGUACAGCAGGGUCUACUCAAACUCCUGGAGGGUACUAUCAUCAACGUCCCAGAGAAGAACUCCAGGAAGUUGAGAGGUGAGACGGUCCAGGUGGACACCACCAACAUCCUGUUUGUGGCCUCCGGUGCUUUCAACGGCCUGGACCGGAUCAUCAGCAUGAGGAAGUGUGAAAAGUAUCUGGGCUUCGGAACGCCGUCCAAUAUGGGACAGGGGCGUCGGGCGGCUGCGGCCGCAGACCUGGCCAACAGCAGCGGAGCGGAGAUGGACGCCGUGCUGGAGAUCAAGGAGAAGGACCGACUCUUGAAGCACGUGGAGGCCCGGGACCUCAUCGAGUUUGGGAUGAUCCCCGAGUUUGUGGGGCGCCUGCCUGUGGUGGUUCCCCUGCACAGCCUGGAUGAGGAGACCCUGGUUAGGAUCCUGACGGAGCCACGCAAUGCUGUCAUACCACAGUACCAGGCCCUGUUCAGCAUGGACAAGUGUGAACUGAAUGUAACUCCAGAUGCCUUGAGAGCCAUCGCCAGGUUGGCUUUGGAAAGGAAGACCGGUGCUCGUGGGCUAAGGUCCAUUAUGGAAAAAUUGCUCCUUGAACCCAUGUUUGAAGUGCCACACUCAGACAUCAUGGCUGUUGAGCUGAACGAAGACGUGGUCCAAGGGAAAUCAGUGCCUGUGUAUGUAAAAGCACCUGCUAAAGAGUCUGAGGAGGAGUAUGACUCUGGGAUAGAGGAGGAGAGCUGGCCAAGGCAGGCGGAUGCAGCCAACAACUAACAAACAGUCCAAAAUGGAACUUCAGAAAUUGCCAUUUCGAUUUAAUAAGCUAUGGCAUUUUACAAAUACCAUUAUUGUAACUUCAAAUGUAAUUAUGUCAUCUGAAUUACAUCAGUGUUGAUCAUGAUGAUGUAGGUUAUGCAAUUUCAUACAUCGGAAAAAGUUUGUUCCCAAAUUGUUGCAAAGGUUUAAUUAACAUUAACCAAGUAUUCUCUACCCAUCUUUCCCAGAGAGAGAGAAAAGGAGAAAGAACGUUAUCCUGUUUAAAUGUAAAGAUACUUUUACUUUUUCUCAUAAAGUAGCUAGUGUCUCUUUGUGAUAAGUACUUGUUUGGGAAACCUUAAUGGAAAUGGAUUGUAUCAAGUCCAAAAUCUAUUUUCUCUUAUUUUGUUUUGACACCAUUUUAUUUUUGACAGUCAAGGAUUAAGGUAAAUAUAGGAUACUUGUUUUAACCACCAUGUCUUUCUGAUGUAAUUUAGGAAGCAAUUUUGUUUCUUCACAACUCUCUGACGAGGUCAGCCAGGUCAUAGAAACCAGCGUUCUUUACAGAACAAGUAUUUAUAGUCAAAUUGUUAACCUUUUCAAAAAAGAUCAGUUUGGCUGCUCUGUGGUGGAUUUCAAAUAUCCAACACUGGAAUUACUAGUAUACUGUAUGUACAGUUAGUAUGCCAUGUAUGAGAUGAAACGUGUAAGAUAUCUGGGGUCGAGAUAGGGGGGUGACUUAAAUUGAUCCCAAUCAGCUUUGAUAAUGUCAGACAGCACAUUUUCCCAUUGUGGUUGUUUUUGACGUUUCUUUAUGGAACCGUUUAGAACUACCUACACAUUUAAUGAAGCCAUGACAUCACUGGUGUUUUUAAAUGAAAACAUACCAGUCUUUAGAAAUGCAUUGUCUGAUUUUCUCAACACUAUACACUGAGAAACUGUUCAUUCAAUGCAGUUUCUUUAAAAGAAGCUGGGCUUUUUUGUACACUUUAUAUACAGAUAUAACAUUUUGAAAUCUCAGACAGUAAGGGCCUAGAAUCUAGAUAAUUUGCUCAAUUCCACUUUGACCCUUAGACCCUAACCCCUAGGCACCUGUGUAGAUCUCAGAAGAUUUGAUAGGUGUUAGCAAUAUGGUAACAGUUUAGUCUUUCUCUUAUGGGUUUCUGUGAUGUUGGUUACACCCAUCCAAACCUUUCAAAUCUACACAGGGACUUUAUCUUGGAGCUUAUGUUGCGUUCAUAACCGAGUGGGAAGGUGGUAAUUACCUGCUGUGAAGUCGUAAAUAACAGUUGGAUGCAUUCACAUGCUUUGAACUCAUUGAGAAACGCUGAUUGGCUAAUGGCAAACAAGCUGCGUCAAUCAUAAACUAAAAGUACAGCUAUCAUGCUUGUAAACAUAUGUGUUCAAAAACAUUAAUAGAUAGCUUUUUAUAAAUAAUGUUUUAUUGCAUGUAACUGCCUAAAAUGCUGUUAUCGAGGUAAUUUCCUUAGUGGGUGACAUCAGAGGUCAACAUGUGGGAGAAGUUGGCGCUCAGGAAUGAUAUAUGAGUUUCCUACUAGUAAUUACCAGUUGGAGGGACGUUCAAGUAGGUUUUGUAUGUGGUAAAUAACACCUUCCCACUUGGUUAUGAACACAGCAUAAGGUCUUGAUUUAGAGUUGGGCAAUUGUGUGAUGUACAGUCCAUCAGAACUGAUGCCAUCUGUGUGGCAGCAACCCUAUUUUGCUCUGAAUAGUUGUGAACUUAUGUAAAUGUGAGACUUUAAUAAAUAUAUUAAUCACUUAA